CUGGGGCUGGGGAUGCUCUCGCUACCUCUGUGACUGGAGCGUGCUGGAACCACACCAUGGAUGGGGGCAAGCAGCUAAAGGUCACCCUUGUUUUCAGCCUGCCACUCAUUUUUCAGUUCUGUGCUGGGGACAAUGUCACUGAUGACUACGACUCCAACAGCACCAUCGACUACAGCAUGUUUGAGUCCCUGUGUGAGAAGAAGGAGGUCCGUAACUUCCGUGCUGCCUUCCUCCCGGCCAUGUACAGCCUCAUCUGCUUCAUGGGGCUGCUGGGGAACGGCCUGGUCAUGCUCACCUACAUCUACUUCAAGAGGCUGAAAACCAUGACAGAUAUCUACUUGCUGAACCUGGCUCUGGCAGACAUCCUCUUCCUGCUGACCCUUCCCUUCUGGGCCACGAGCGCGGUCACACACUGGCUUUUUGGGAGCUUUGCCUGCAAAGCCGUCUACUGCAUCUGCAAAAUGAGUUUCUUCAGCGGGAUGCUGCUUCUCCUGUCCAUCAGCAUCGACAGGUACUUCGCCAUCGUCCAGGCUGCCUCGGCCCAUCGCCUGCGUCCCCGGAUGAUAUUCAUCAGCAAGGUGACGUGCAUCCUCAUCUGGCUCCUGGCCUUCAUCCUCUCCAUCCCUGAGCUGGUUCACAGUGGUGUGAACUACUCGGAGAGCAAUCCCCGUUGUUCCAUCAUUGCUAAUGACUUGCAGACCUUCAACACUGGCAUCAAAGUGUCCCAAAUGGUGUUUGGCUUCUUAAUUCCCCUCCUGGUCAUGUCUUUCUGCUACCUCAUCAUCAUCAAAACGUUGCUCCAGGCCCGCAACUUUGAGAAGAACAAAGCCAUCAAGGUCAUCAUCGCCGUGGUCAUCGUCUUCGUCGUCUUCCAGCUGCCCUACAACGGCGUCAUGCUGGCCAAGACCAUCUCAGCCUUCAACCAGACCAGCUCAUGUGAGGAGAGCAAGAAGCUGGACGUGGCGGACGACGUGACCUACACCCUGGCCUGCUUCCGAUGCUGCCUCAACCCGUUCCUCUACGCCUUCAUCGGUGUCAAAUUCCGCACCGACCUCUUCAAGCUGCUGAAGGAGCUGGGCUGCCUGAGCCAGGAGCGCCUCUGGCAGCUCACCUCCUGCCGCGACAACAAGAGGUCCUCCUUCGCCAUGGAGACAGAGACAACCACCACCUUCUCCCCGUGAGCUCUUGGUCGAGCUGAAAUGGCUUUAGACAUUUUCUCUAGUCUGAACUCCUGGCAGAACAAGACCUGCCACACUGCAGAGAAGCCGAGGGGAAAAUCCAGAAGCCUCCCCCUGUUUCAAGCAGUGAGGACUGCUGGCCAAUAUCCCACGGGUGAACAGGCUUUACAACGGAGUUGUCACUAACAGCAAAGCAAGGGAGAGGUGGUGAGUCUACAAUUUCUCCUGUCAUUUCACCUUCAGCUUAGAACUUUCCCUGUCAAAAUGAGAUAUGCUCAAAAUAGAACAUUUACCCUAAAAGCGACAAGCACCAAGAGAAAACAGACGCUGGUGCAGCAGGACUGUCGUUUGGAGCUGAGCUGCCAGGAGCAUCACCCUUGCUUUGGAUGUUGCUUUUAACAAGACAACGGCUCUGCAAUCCCAUGGAAAUGCCCUUGCACUGAGCCAGUCCGAGGACAGCCCUCACCCGCAGCCUCAGGCUCCAUCCAACCCACAAGCCCAGCAGUGGAGUAUCUGAGCACACAACUGCUCUGCCUUCCCCCAUGAAAAGUGAGAGAUGACCACAGCUAAUGCUAAAUCCAUACAAACCCUAGACAUAAUUUCAAUUAUUUUGUAUAAUAUUGUAGCCACUCGUAGCUCUGUCAGGAAAAGUACAAAUUCCACUUCUGCCUGUAUGCUGUUUCUGGGCUAUCACCUGCUGACCUUGAGAUAAAAAUGAAUGUGGGUUUUCUCCUCCCUUCCCCAUCCUUCUACAGGACUUCAGCUGCCUUUGAAGUCAGAUCUGUAUUUCACUCAUAAGCUACUGGGGCGUGUUUUGCAUCGGUGCUGUCGGCACCAACAAAGACACGGCUGACUGAGGUUUGAUCUGAACGCAGUCCCACCACUGCCAGGGCCACGGCAGCUGAACAGAGAUUACUGUUGUGCAAAGUCAGACCUCGGAGGAGCCCAGACUGUAAUUCCAGUUGGCGCUUUUACAGGAAGAGCGAAGAUUCCUGAUGACAGAUGAACGCUCUGGGAAGCGCUGUCGCUGUCGUGGGACAGGGGAACGUCUGUGCAGCUGUCCCUGUCCUUGUCCUGCGUGCUCUGGUCCCACAGCACCCACCUCUCCCAGGGCCAUCACCAGUGGAGAGAGGGCUCAGCCUGGAGCUGCUCCCAGGGCUGACAGGGGACACAUGUCCAUGUUCCCUUGAACACACAGAGCCAUGAGCAGCAAAACACUCACUAAACAGACAUUUAUCCUUUUCUUUUAACACACGGAUCCAUCAGGAGUGACACAGAGAACUCCCUGGUUCACGGGUUUGGAGAGGAUUGCUUUAGAGAACUGAGAAUUAAAAUCAGCCUUCCAAGGCAGAAUUCACUGGCUCGGUCUGAGACAGCACUGCCAGUUAUUUACCUGGCUGCCACCAAAUCUAAACAAACUCUCCAUAAACCUCUGGUGUGUGGCAUUUUUGCCAAGGGCUGGGAUUCAGGAAGAGAGGACAUUCUGCUCCGUGUUGCCUAUCUGUGCUCAAGAGUUGAACUCAUUUUCAUUUACAAUGCCCAGGUAACUGUACAGAAAUGCUGCUUCUCUGUCACAUGAAACGGAGUUCAUGACAACUGACACUGAACAGCUAUUUACCCUUGGUUUCCUUCUCAUCCUUAUUUGGGCAAGACCCAGCUAUCAUGAUCUUGGCCAGAGCCAGGGACACCCCCAGCAUGGGGUAUUUGCAGUUUUCCUCAUCAGUAACAAUACAUUGUUAAUGUAUAUUCAAUAUGUAAAGCUGCUUUACACAGACAAAGUUCAAUCUGUUCAUGAAUGUACCCUGAGAACACUCUGCUUCCAUGGAACCUUUUUAUGCAGAAUCCAUUCACCUAAUUCCAGCCAGGAAACUGCUCCACCAGCACCUGGAGCUGUACUUGUGUCCUGUAGAUAAAAACCAUUCCCCUCCUGCAAAUGAAGAGGUCUCCAGGUCCUUACAGACCAGAUGGAUUCCAAACAGGAUAACACACAUCUGCUUCCAUAAAUGAGAUGCAGAGGCGCCCUCUGGGACAGCUGCAGCUGGUGCCUCAGAGAGGCAGUGGUGAUGUCAGAGUGCCUGGCUUUCCCUGGUUAAAUUUAACGGACAGAACAAAUUUGCAUCUAAUUUAGAUGAGUCAUGUUAAUGCUGGCCUAAGAUCCCAACCUGAGGUUCCCCACUGAUGUCUGAAAACUGACUGUAUUUUGCUACUUGAGAAAAAUAAAUUAUAAUGGUUUAAACAAAUUACUUCUGGAUUUCCAUUGCAUUUUCUCCAUCCUUGUACAGUCCUUGUCAAUCCUUCUGUCCUGUCAGGA